UGCCCCGAUGAGCCGAUUCUUUCCUCUUCCAAGGGGCCACGUCCAACCACGAGGGACGCAUUUGUGUCCACCUAGAAGAAAAAUGAGGGCCGGGCUCGGUGCAACGACACGACAAACCUGUCUACUCCGUACCGAAGAACGCAAGGCAGCUCAAGGAUGCGAAUAGGUAGCCCAGAUUAGAGUGCGGAGCGGAGACCGACUCCUAGACGCUGGACCUGGAGAAAGAAAGCCCGGACCAAAACGUCUGGCGUCUCGAGCUGUACGGAUACGACCCCCGAGCCCAGCCUAGGCAAGGCCACGUUCAUUACGUAGCUUUUCAGGUCGCAGAUUAGUAAAUAUAAAGACUAUGGUCAUUGCGUUGUCGUUUGCCUGCCAAAUCUGUACCACACCAUCGCGCCAAAACUUUACCUUGCUCAAUUGCAUGAACACCUAGAUCAAUAAUCCAGCAAAGCUUCAUUCUAAUCAACCUCCAACCAACCAGUUCCCACGCUACCGCCAUCAUGCCUCUCAGUCUCCAGGUUCCCGACGAGUACGGCUACGUCCUCCUCGUCGCUGCCUCAACCUUCUUCAUCAACACAACCCACGUCCUCCUGACAAGCAAAUACCGCAAGGCCAGCGGCCUCGUCUACCCGGCCCCCUACGCCUCCAACGAGCAGGCCGAGAAGGACCCCAAGGCAUACCAGUUCAACUGCGCACAGCGCGCCCACGCAAACUUCACCGAGAACCAGCCCUCCUUCCUCGGCGCUCUCCUCAUCUCCGGCCUCCGCUUCCCCGUCGCCAGCGCCGUCCUCGGCGCCGGCUGGACCUUGUCCCGUAUCCUCUACGCCUUUGGCUACACAAGCGGCGCUGGCCCCAAGGGCCGAACUCGUGGCUCCAUCGGUUCCUUCCUCUUCGACACCGUCCUCAAGUUCACUUCCACCUACGCCGCUCUCGCGAUGAUUAUGAAUUGGUAACGGGGCUUGAUCACUUCGUAUGCUGCUUAAUGGACCACGAUCCAAUCUCUUGCUUUACUAGCCGCUGUAAAAUCCAUACAAACAAAAUAAUGCCGGGAAUAGACGACCAUCAUGUCCCGCAGUAUUGUCCCAGUGAACCGACCCAUUGCUUGCUAACCGCUGCGUACAACCGUGAC